AUGCAACAAAAAUUAAAUUCAAUACAAAAAUUUGAUAGGCACAGUAAUCCAAAAAUUUGGUUAAAACAUAUUAUAGAAAAAUUUGAUUUAUUACAACUCUCUUCUCCGGAACGCAAUGAAUUAAUUUCAGAAAUUUUAACUGGUGAUGCACUUAUUUGGUAUAUUGAACAACAAGAUGACAUGCCAACCUUUAUCACGUUUAUGAAAAACUUUUUACAAUAUUUUGAUAUUCCGAGCUUAAAGACGGAUUCAUCCAAAAAGUUUAACUCACGAACUAUAUUACUGAAGGAAUCAGAAGAUACUAUCACAAAUUGUUUACGAAACCAACUAUUAAUUAUGAACCUUGAAAAAUUACAAAAAUAUUCUGGCAAAUAA